AUGAGCGAAUCUACAGCAAAGGGGCCCCAUGGCAGCCAGGAUAGCAUGGAGAGCCCUGGUAGCGUCAGUACACCUCGGAGCGAUGUUUGCGACGUUGCUCCUUAUCAGCGCAGCAACACCACAGGUAGCAGCAGCAGCAGCAGCAGCAGCAUAAGAGGUUCCCUCAUGCGUUCUCCUGCAUCUGAGUUGCUGCAGUCAUCAACACUGCAGAAUCUUCUUGCUUCCCGAGAUGCUUCUGCUUCCUCCGCCCUACCUCUCUCCCUCGCCUCAGCAGAUGACAACAGCAGCAGCAGCAGCAGCAGCAACAGCAGCAACAGCAGCAGCAACGUGGACUCUGGUAGAUCGGAGACAGAGGGGAGUGUAGAUACAGAGGAGCAGCAGCACAUAAUAAAACAAGAGAUGGCGUAUGCAGCAAAUGGUCUUCCUCUUGCUUCCUCAACUACUUCUGUAUCUUCUUGUACAAAACCAUCAGAAGCAGGCAGCAGCACACAAAUAGAUAUUGAGACCCGCAGCAGCAGCAGCAGCAGCAGCAGCAGCAGCGGGUGGCCAGUUGUUGCCCAGGACCCCCCUGGAUUUCCUUCUCUAUCUUCAGGGUUUGGUGGUCGUCCCGCCUUCCCUCUCUCAUCAUCAUCAGUAGCUGCUGCUACUGCAGCAGCAGCAGCAGCAGCAGCAGCAGCAGGAGAUACAGCAGCAGCAGCAGGAGAAGGAAGCAGCAUAAGGAGACUAUCUAGUAGCUAUAGUGCUGAUGAUACACAAAGAAGAAGUUUUACUUCUGCUGUACGCGGAGGUAUUGAGAAGUUAAUGCGUUUCUCUAGUUGGCGAGGGAGGGACGAGGACGAGCAGCAGCAGCAGCAGCAGCAGCAGCAGCAGCAGCAGCAUCAGUUAGCAUUACAUCUUAAAGAUGCUGCAGCAGCAGCAGCAGCAGCACACUCCGAUUUCUUUAAUGCAGCAAGGACACCACCCCUCCAUCCUCCUGCUGUCCCUCCUGUACACCCUGCGGU